CUAGGCGCGAGCCGGCUAGGCUCUAGCAAGAGCAGAAGCGGCCGUCCAAGUCAAAGCCUCGUUGUUGCCGGAGCCGCGACGUUUCCUUCCCCCACCCACCCACCUCCACUCUCACCCUACGCAGUCAGGCAGCGAGCGCAGACCUCGACUCCCAGCGCUGUCCGUCUAGGGCACGCCAUGGAGGAGGAGCGGGCCGGGGAGCAGAUGAGGCCACUACUCACAACGGGUCAUGAUGAAGAAGCUGUUGUGGAUACAGGCAAAAUCAGUUCUACUAUCAACACAAACUUUGAGAAAGAAGAAUUAGAAAGUCAUAGAGCUGUAUAUAUUGGUGUGCACGUGCCCUUUGGAAAACAAGGUCGUCGCCGUCAUAGACAUCAUGGUCAUAAACGUCAUAGACGAAGAAAAGAAAAGGAGACUGAUAGAGAAGAUGGGAGGGAAUCUCCUUCUUAUGAUACACCAUCCCAGAGAGUGCAAUUUAUCCUUGGUACAGAGGAUGAUGAUGAAGAACACAUUCCACAUGAUCUUUUUACUGAAAUGGAUGAACUUUGUUUUAGAGAAGGAGAAGAAUAUGAAUGGAAAGAAACUGCCAGAUGGCUAAAAUUUGAAGAAGAUGUUGAAGAUGGUGGUGAGCGGUGGAGCAAACCUUAUGUGGCUACUCUGUCUCUUCAUAGUCUGUUUGAAUUGAGAAGUUGCAUUUUAAAUGGAACGGUCAUGUUAGAUAUGAGAGCCAGUUCACUGGAUGAAAUAGCAGACAUGGUAUUGGACAACAUGAUAGCUUCUGGCCACCUUGAUGAGUCAAUGAGAGAAAAUGUCAGAGAAGCCCUUCUGAAAAGACAUCACCAUCAGAAUGAAAAAAAAUUUAGUAAUCGGAUUCCUCUCGUCCGAUCUUUUGCAGAUAUAGGCAAGAAACAUUCUGACCCUCUCUUGCUUGAAAGAAAUGGGGAAGGCCUUUCAGCCUCCCGCCAUUCUUUACGAGCAGGUCUCUCUGCCUCAAAUAUUUCCCUGAGAGGAGAGAAUCGUUUGUCCCUUCUUCUCAAUUACCUACUUCCGGGAUCUCCAACAACCUCAAGGAGUACAACCCCUUUACCUACCCCACAAAGCACUCCACCUUCCAGUCCUAGGUGUGAUUCUAAGGGAGCCACAAAUUUCCAGCCAACCGAGCAUCAGGUGUCUCCUUCUAAUGAUGAUAUCCCUAAAGUAGUAAUUCAUCCACCUGAGGAAGAUUUAGAAGCUCAGGAAGGCAAGAAGAGGACAGAGGAAAAUAGUGACAUAACACCAGGGCUCUUAGCAUCACCUCAAUCUGCACCUGGUAAUUUGGAUAUUGGAAAAAAUGGAGAAUUUAAAAUUAGUGGAACAGGAGGGAGUAGAGAAAACAGUACGGUUGACUUCAGCAAGGUGGAUAUGAACUUUAUGAGGAAGAUUCCAAUAGGUGCAGAGGCAUCAAAUGUGCUUGUUGGAGAAGUGGAUUUUUUGGAGAGACCAAUUAUUGCUUUUGUGAGGCUGUCUCCAGCUGUGCUUCUCACUGGUCUCACAGAGGUUCCUGUUCCUACACGUUUCCUUUUUCUGUUGCUGGGACCAGCAGGUAAAGCACCUCAGUAUCAUGAAAUUGGUCGAUCAAUAGCAACACUCAUGACUGAUGAUGUUUUCCAUGAUGUUGCUUAUAAAGCUAAAGACAGAAAUGAUCUACUAUCUGGAAUUGAUGAAUUUUUAGAUCAAGUGACUGUUCUUCCUCCAGGCGAAUGGGAUCCUUCAAUAAGAAUUGAACCUCCCAAGAGCGUUCCUUCUCAGGAGAAGAGGAAGAUUCCUAAAUUUCCAAAUGGAGCUGCUUCUCCUGGAGAACCCCUUAAGGAAGAAGGUCAUCAUGCUGGACCUGAACUACAAAGAACUGGAAGGCUUUUUGGUGGUUUGAUACUUGACAUCAAAAGGAAAACAUCUUUUUUCUUGAGUGACUUCAAGGAUGCAUUAAGUCUGCAGUGUCUGGCCUCGAUUCUUUUCCUAUACUGUGCCUGUAUGUCUCCUGUAAUCACUUUUGGAGGGCUCCUUGGAGAAGCUACAGAAGGCAGAAUAAGUGCAAUAGAGUCUUUAUUUGGAGCAUCAUUAACUGGAGUUGCCUAUUCACUUUUUUCUGGGCAACCUUUGACAAUAUUGGGCAGCACUGGACCAGUACUAGUAUUUGAAAAAAUAUUGUUUAAAUUUUGCAAAGAUUAUGGACUUUCUUAUCUUUCUUUACGAACCAGUAUUGGUCUGUGGACAUCAUUUUUAUGCAUCCUGUUAGUAGCAACUGAUGCAAGCAGCCUUGUGUGUUACAUUACUCGAUUUACUGAAGAGGCUUUUGCUGCCCUGAUUUGCAUAAUAUUUAUAUACGAAGCACUGGAAAAGCUCUUUCAUUUGGGAGAAGUAUAUCCUUUCAAUAUGCACAAUGACCUUGAUAAGCUGACAUUGUAUUCAUGUGUAUGUGCUGAACCUCCAAAUCCCAGUAAUGAAACUUUAGCGCUAUGGAUGAAAGCCAAUACUUCUCUGGAUACCAUACCAUGGACCAACCUCACAGUUAAGGAAUGCAAUAAUCUUCAUGGCAUAUUUGUUGGAUCAGCUUGUGGAUACCAUGGUCCAUAUUUCCCAGAUGUUCUUUUUUGGUCUGUUAUAUUAUUCUUUACAACAUUUUUCCUCUCCUCUUUUCUCAAGCAAUUUAAGACCAAACGUUAUUUUCCCACUAAGGUACGUUCUACAAUAAGUGAUUUUGCUAUAUUUUUGACAAUAGUGAUUAUGGUUUGCAUCGAUUAUCUUGUUGGCGUUCCUUCUCCUAAACUAAAUGUGCCUGAAAAAUUUGAGCCUACACGGAGUGAUCGUGGAUGGCUUAUCAAUCCUCUAGGGAGUAAUCCUUGGUGGACACUAGUAGUUGCUGCAGUUCCUGCUUUGCUCUGUACCAUCCUUAUUUUUAUGGAUCAGCAAAUUACAGCAGUUAUCAUAAACAGAAAAGAACAUAAACUCAAGAAAGGUUGUGGUUAUCAUCUUGAUCUGCUCAUGGUUGGCAUUAUGUUAGGUAUAUGCUCUAUUAUGGGUUUGCCUUGGUUUGUGGCUGCAACUGUCCUUUCAAUAAGUCAUGUCAACAGUUUAAAAGUGGAAUCUGAAUGCUCAGCUCCAGGAGAACAACCAAAGUUCCUGGGAAUCCGUGAACAAAGAGUAACAGGAUUAAUGAUUUUUGUUCUGAUGGGGCUAUCAGUGUUUAUGACUUCUGUUUUAAAGUUUAUUCCAAUGCCAGUUUUAUAUGGUGUUUUUCUUUAUAUGGGAACAUCCUCACUAAAAGGCAUUCAGUUUUUUGAUCGCAUUAAACUGUUCGGUAUGCCUGCCAAACAUCAACCUGAUUUGAUUUAUCUCCGUUACGUGCCACUAUGGAAAGUACAUGUAUUUACAGUAGUUCAGCUUACAUGCCUUAUUCUUUUGUGGGCAAUUAAAGCAUCAGCUGCUGCUGUUGUUUUUCCUAUGAUGGUUUUAGCUUUAGUUUUUGUUCGCAAACUUAUGGAUUUGUGUUUCACCAAACGGGAGCUCAGUUGGCUUGAUGACCUUAUGCCAGAAAGUAAGAAGAAAAAGGAAGAUGACAAAAAGAAAAAGGCAAAGGAAGAAGCUGAACGAAUGUUUCAGGCAGUGGACAGUGAAACUGUACACCUUCCAUAUGAAAGAAGUGAAGUAUUACAGAUUCCUGUGAAAGCUCUAAAAUACAGCAUUGACCCCUCUGUGGUAAACAUAUCAGAUGAAAUGGCCAAAACUGCACAGUGGAAGGCUCUUUCCAUGAACACAGAGAAUGCCAAAGUAACAAGACCUAACUUGAGCCCUGAAAAUGAGUCAUGUGUGAAAAUAGACAUUGAAAAAACAUCAGAAGUAAAGUAUGUAGAUGCCGAAACCUCAUUAUAGAGGUAAAACAAUGAUAUUAUUUUAUAGGAUAUAUUGAAAGAGGGUGACUUUACAGCUUCUUUAAGUACUAGGUACUUAUGUGAACAACAGUGAGAUUUUCCAACAAGAAAUGUCUAUCACUGUGGAAAUAUUUAUUUUAGUGGAAUGUUUGUUUCAAUUUUUAAAUAGGAAAAAUAAUUUCUUUUUUAGUUAUCAGUAAGUCAAAGAUCAUCUUUUAACUAUAAAUUAUUGGUUUGCAUUGUAUCUGUGAUAUUUUUAUAUAAUUUUAAAUACAAAUGUCUUGUUAUCAGGCAUUUGCUAGUUGGGUUUUUGCAAACAUUAUGCCAGUUUAUAAGAACAAAUCAUACAUAUGCAAUUUAGUGAAUGGUGGUAUUUCAGCCUUUAUUUCAUAUUAUUUUAUGGAUUAAUUAACUGUAUUUGUAUAUGAAUUAUUUUUUGUUGUACUGUUAAAUACCAUUGUAUUACAUUUUUUAAAAAAAUAAGUCUUAUAUGUAGUAGUCAACUUCUCAGUUUUAUUUUUUUUAAUUCACCAACAAGAGCAGAUUAUACUAAAAGAAUAAAGCAGUUUUUUUUAAUAUAGAGGUCUAGAUUGGCAUUUAUUUAGACUGCCUUUCAAUAAGGUUAAACAUGAUUAUGCUUCUUUAUUUGUAAGAUAAGUUUUAAUUUUCUUUAGGGCAUCCUAGAAAUAUAUUCCAGGAGAGGGAAGAAAUUUAUAUCACAUGAAUGGAAAUUUUCUAGUAGUAAUGGUAAAUUUAAAAAACUUUUUCCAAAGCAUAUUUGUCUUAGAUCAAUAAAAGCAUUUAUAUAAAAGGCUGGGUGCAACUGAGUUUUAUCUGUGUAAUGUUUAAGCCCUGUGUUUUUGUUCUAUUGUUACAGAUUUCAGUACGUCAUAUAUGCUACUGAAAUAAGUAAGGUUUGAUUGUGCUUAAAUAGUACCUGUUUAUCAAUUUUAAAAUAAAACAUAUAAUAAGAUUCUCUAAAAUUUUAAGUUUUUAAGAUCAGUGCUCAAAAGAAACAUUUUAAUGUAAACAUCCAUUUUAAUAUAGCUAUGUGAAAACUGUAACUGAAAAUACACAUAACGUAAUUUCAAACUGAAACUGAAGAUUCUCUGGUUUACAGUGCACCAAAGAUUUUUUUUAAUCUUACAGUGUAGAAAAAGACAUUGCAAUGUGUAAGCAUCCCAAUAUUGUUGAACUUAAUUUUUUGGCAGCAAGUAAGGGAUGCAAGAUUUGUAGUUUCAUUUGGCAACAUCUAGAAUUCUGGUAAAAUUUUAAAAAGUUAUAUCUUGAUGAACGUAUCUUUUCUUUUAUGUACACUGAGAGCAUAUGCACCAAGACAAAUUCCUUGUGUGUCCAAUCACGCUUGGCCAAUAAAAAUUCUAUUCUAUUCUAUUCUAUUCUAUUCUAUUCUAUUCUAUUCUAUUCUAUUCUAUUCUAAAAGCAAAUUUUUGAAUAUAGUUAAAGCAAUUUGUGGAUUUUACCUGAAACAAGUGAGAGCAAUGCAAAUAAAAUUAGCAGUUUGUCGAAAACAGCCCAAUCAUUCUCAGAAAUGGUCAAAUGUAAAACUGAGCAAAGAAAGGGGGGGAAUGAAAUUGGUAUGCAAGUAUGUUAAAAUGAAAAUCUGAUGCCUAAAAACGAUCAAAUUAAUAUUAAUAUAUUUUGGGUUUGAUAUGACAUAUUGGAAACAGGAUAAUAUUUUCAUUCCUGAGUGCUUGCACAGCUUGUGCCUUAGGUUUUUUUUUUAAAUAUGCACUUUUCUUUAUUUAAAAAUCAUGUUUGUAUCUCAUAAAUAUUUCUGUAUCUUUGAAAUUACAUUUCAAAUUUAUUACUUAGUGUAGGCAAGUUAAUCAUGUUCAUUAGAAUUGACAGCAUUCCAAAUUUAAUUAUGCUUGUCUUUUGUUAUUACAAAUAUUUGUGUUCAGAGUCAUGUAGAAAUAAAGACUUAAAUAGAUUGUUUUAAAAUUUAACCCUUUGUUUUCAAAUGCCUAAAAUUCAGUACUGCUGUUGUUCAAUGCCAAAGGGUUAAUAAGUUAAUUUAAAUAAAUAUCUGAAAAUUAUUGAAAUUCAUUAUUUAUUUGCUAAUUAUGUAAAGUAAUUGCUAAUGACAGAAAUAACAUGGCUUGCAGUGUGGUUUACAUUAUUUGCUUAAAUACUGCUUAUUAAUUCAUUACACAUUUUAUUUUUUUUUAUAGCAGAUGUCCAAAUAUGAUGUUUAAGAUUCCAGGGCUAAUUUAUAAUUUGCUGCUUAUUGUAUGUUGUAAAACAUUAUUUCUUUUUCCAUAAAUAAAAUUAUAGUAGUAAAGCCAAACCAUAAAAGACAUAGCUUUUAUUGUAUGUAGAUAUAAAUAUUGCCCUAAAAGCUAUAAAUGAAUAAAAUUACUGAUUACUUAUUAACCUGAGGGUGAAAUCUAGUUAUAGCCAGUAUAUUCCUAGUAUGGAAUACUAGUCCCACUAAGUGACUGUUUUCUAGAUACAGACUGAUUUAGUGGCAAUAACUACAGAGCAAUCCCAGGAAAUAUACUUUUCUGUUCUUUAAAGCAACACACUUUCAGUCCAGAAUAUCUGAAUUUUAAUUCUAUGUAAACAUUAAUUGUUUAAUGUCAUAAACAAAACACAAAUACUUUUUUAUGAGUUUGUGGGAAUUCAUGAACCCAUAUACACAUAUACAUACAUAUUAUACAUGCUUGGUUUCCAUAUUUCACAUUAACUAUACUAAAAACAAAUUAUUCAGUUUUUCAAGGAAAUCAAUAAAAUAUGUGAGAUAGUGUUCAAAGCAUGUACAAUACUUAGCGUCCAAUAAGAUAUUUUUCUUUUACUUCAAUUAAAUUUAUUUCUGUGUAUAGUAGUCUUAUAAACAGUGUUGUUUGGUAAAAAUUCCAACUAUAAUUCUAAUGUCAAAUGUUCAUGGGUCUUCAUUGCUUAAAAGAGUUUGUUAAUGAAUUGUGUUAUGUCCCCAACAUAGUGCAUGUUGGUCAUUAGUAAAAUGUAUUGAAUGUUAUUUUCUUUUGAUAUAUUUUGGUCAGUAAUGUAAUGGUUGUUAGAAUGAUUAAUAUAGGUUCCAUGUGUUACUUAGCACAAUUACUAUAAAGAAUCAUUUAAUUUCAUGAAUGAAUAAGUGUAUAGUGUUCAUAGAUACUUGUAUUAAUACAAAAUGUGGUCCUGUGAUUUUACUAUUUUGAAAUUUUUAAUUACUUUUUAGAAAAUUUAUCAAGAACAGGAAAAUGGUUAUAAUUGGUGUGAAAAUUUUAAAAAAAAUCAUAUUUAGCAUAUAUUGUCACUGUUUUGCAAUCUUAGAAUAACUUAUUUAAUGGACAGGGUUUUUAUAAAUGCAGUUUAUUGGUUAGCAGAUGCAUCCUUUGAAAAUUUCCCUUUUGUCACUGAUACUUUGUUUAGUAAGUGUCUUCCAAUGUUCAGAGUUGCUUCCUGAACAAAACCAUCCACUUUGAUUUGAGGUGUAAUUCCACAGUAUAGUCCAAUUUAUAUAACGGUUUUCUAAUCAUACAUCAUUUUCUUAUAGAAUUAUAUCCAAAGUUACACUGUUUGAAUGUAGAGAUAAUAUUUUAUUCUUUUAUAUAAUGCCAACAAAAUUCUCCAGUAUGUAAUGGAAAAAAAUCCAAUGUUUUAUCAUUUGUUUAAUGACUAUUUUUUGUAAUAUUUGAAAAGGUUGAAAAAAGCAAUAAAAUGUCACUGCUUUUAAA